AUGACCCACGAGCAAAGCAAUGCAGCACUCUUGGACACCUUGACGACAUCAUCCUCCAAAAAGGGAAUCAACAGCGUAAAGCCAUGGGAAGCACCGUCCGGCCAAGUCAUGAACACCUGGGCCGAUCUUGCAAAGGAUCUUCGCGACAACCGCCGCUUUCGCCUUACAAAAGACGGCGCUGCAUGCAAGAGUCGAUUCGAGAACCUCAUCAAGGCCCAUUGUGGAGACUCCCUGGCUGCGAUGCGGCGCAGCGGCACUGACGAGGAAUUUGGUGAAUGUGACCAAUUACUCGAAGACAUCUCGUCGCAAGUGGAAGACCACAGAGUCUUGAAAGAAGUAGGCCGUGCGGUAGACGCGAAAAAGAAAAACGGAAUCGAGAAGUCGGGGGUGAUUAUGCGGCAGCUCGCGAUGGAGACCCUUGACGAUGACGAUGUGGGAAGUGUACCUCGAAGAUCAACGCCAAAGAAACGUGAUCGUGUCGAUCUAUUUUUCGAGAAGAUCACGAAAUCUGUCGCGUAA